CCCGGCUGCCCCUUGUUUUAUUCCUUCCGUGGGCUCUAGAGCUAGCGAGAUCUUUCCACUUUUUUUCCAGACUGCGCGACGGGGACUCGGGGAGAGAGAGAGGGCACCGGCGAUGUCGACGACGACGGAGGCGGCGGCGAAGAGUGGCACAGCCGCACCGGUGAGGUGCCAGCGGAUCGGCUGUGACGCCGUAUUCACCGACGACGACAACCCCGAGGGCUCCUGCCAAUACCACCCCUCCGCUCCUAUGUUUCAUGACGGCAUGAAAGAGUGGAGCUGCUGCAAGCAAAGAAGCCAUGAUUUCAGCUUAUUUUUGCAGAUACCUGGAUGCACAACAGGAAAGCAUACAACCGAAAAACCAAUUACAAAAGCUGUUUCAACUAAUAACCCUAUAAAGGCAACACCAAUCCAGGCCUCUAAGCAGGGUGUGGGAGUUGAAGCGUGUGCAAGGUGUCGUCAAGGUUUCUUUUGCUCUGAUCAUGGAUCACAGCCCAAGCCACAAAAACCAUCUGCUACUGAUGAUACAAACAAGGAACCUGUUGAGAAAUCCUCUGUUCCACCGCCCAAGAAAAGGAUCGAUAUAAAUGAACCGAGGAUAUGUAAAAAUAAAGGAUGUGGUAAAUCCUACAAGGAGAAGGAUAACCAUGAUUCUGCAUGUGACUACCAUCCAGGUCCUGCUGUUUUCCAUGACAGGAUGAGAGGGUGGAAAUGCUGUGAUAUUCAUGUCAAGGAAUUUGAUGAGUUUAUGGAGAUACCUCCAUGCACAAAGGGUUGGCAUAAUGCUGACGCGGUGUGAAUUCACACCACGCUUAAGCUAUUUUCGUGUUGUAUCUCGUAACAUGUAAACACCACCUUUCUGCAAUUUAUUGACAAUUUCAUUUGGAAGUGUGAGAAAACUUUGAGGAUGAGCCACCUAAGCUUUGCGCAAGGUGGUUGUCUGGAAAUACGUGAUUCUCCUUGUACUCUGGACCAUAACUUACAACAUUUGACGUCUGAAUUUAAAUUGGAUGUUAUCUGUUUGAAGCUGAAGGUUUUUACUAA